CACCCACCUGUGCCCAGCAGUAUCACCCACCUGUGCCCAGCAGUGCACCCACCUGUGCCCAGAAGUCCCACCUACCUGUGCCCAGCAGUGCCACCCACCUGUGCCCAGAAGUGCCACCCACCUGUGCCCAGCAGUGCACCCACCUGUGCCACUCUGCAGUGUCACACACCUGUGCCCAGAAGUGCCACCUAUCUGUGCCCAGCAGUGCCACCUACCUGUGCCCACCCACCUGUGCCCACCAGUGCCACCCACCUGUGCCCACCCACCAGUGCUGCCCACCAGUGCCCCACCAGUGCAGCCCAGCAGUGCUGCCAGUCAGUGCCA